CCAUAUCCUAAAAGACUUGGUUCUACCAACUGAACCAUAUGGGCGAGGAGCGGCUGGAACCAGCGCCGAUGUUAAGGACGUAGCUGCGGCACCACUGCUUACCGCUUGGCCACAUACAUUAAUUACAUUUCUGCUGAUUUCUCAUUAUAAAUUAAUUUAUAACGAUAAUAGCACAUAACGUAUUUGAUGGUCGAAUAUUAAACGAAAAGAAACGACUGCACAUUAUGGGGUGUUUGCACAGAACCGACGAUACUAACGGCGUUCCAUACUCUGAUGUGUUUUUCGUCGCCUCUCCAAAAUAAUCAAUUGAACCGGAAGUUUUUAUUUUUUCAACUGACGGGGUCAAGUUGAAUGUAGUGUGUCGUAUUUAAUCAGUAAUAAUGAGAAUUCUUACUAUUUCGAGUGUCAAAAAGUGUUUUUUGUCAAGCAGUCUAGGCCUGCAGUCUUUAGAGUAUGAGAUUUCACCCAUUCGAAAUCGCAGGGCUCUGUUGAACAAUCGACGGGGACGUGCUUGCGGGACAGACACCGUUGUCUCCCAAGAACUUUUAGUUGUGAAUGACAGAAACACUUCUGGGCCCAGGCCUAGUUGUGAUUUUCUUUCCAGUAAUAAUUUGCUUCUUACCAGACACCAGCACACUUUACUACAACCUCACCGAAAGCCCAUCAAUGGUGUAUCGUCAUUUUUUAGUGUUAAUGUUAGAAAAUUUUCCUCAAAUCCGGAUGAACGUGUGAGAAUAAAGCCUGUGUUUGUAGCAGUUCCAAACCCGAUUAGGGCAAUACGAAACUUCGUUUAUUCAUGGUUGAUUCGAGGCUACUUUGAUAAAGAAUUUUCGAUGGUAGAAUUCACAGAAGGUGCUAAACAGGCAGUUAGUGUUGUGUCACAGAAAAUUUCUGAAGGGAAUUUUGAAGAGCUAGUUGGCUUACUCUCCCCAAAGACUAUAGAUGAAAUAAAAGAAACAUACAAAACACUUGAAGUAAAGCAGAGAGGAAGCCUAGCAAUAGCAUUGGAAGAUAUCCUACAUGUUGUGCCUUAUAACGUUGCAGUGCAUUAUGAUCAAGCUGGUGGAAAAUUUUUGAACAUCCUGAUGAGGUUUUGGUGUUUAAGUUUCAAUACUCAACAGAAUGAGCCAGGUAUAAUUGGCUUCAAGGUUGGUCAGCCUCCUCCUGGUGUUUCAGAAGAACAGUUUAAGAAUAUGGGCAAAGUUUUUACCUGCACUUUUGAGUUCCACCGUGAUGUUUCGUCUGAUGAUGACCCAAGCUGGACAAUAACUCAAGUGACACUUGGUAAACUGUUGAGUACGUCUUCAGAUGGGUUUCCUGGUGGGGAAUUGCAAUAGAAUUGUGAAUGUGUACAGGGAUCUUAUAUCCUAUAUAUACUGCUACUCUGUGUAGCCCUGACCAAUGAUAUAUGUACCUUGCUGUGAUUGGGACUCAUCAUCAUACAGUUUCAAGCAAUUGUCAAAGGAUGUUAAUAGCGUUGCCUGGCACUCACUGCUUUGUAUGGCUGUCGGCCUACGAAUCCAACUCCGCUCCCUGCUGAUUGUUGGUGGCAGCCUGAGUGGAUCGUUAUUAUAAACGAGUCGUUUACGCAGGCAUUUUGGCAUUGCAUUCUCCAUAGAAUCGUGCAGUGGGGGCUGGCAUUAGGAUCACAUCAGGGAAGGGGAGAUUUUAAGUUAGCAAUUAAAUUAUAAGGCCAUUUCAUUGAUGUUUAAUGAUAUAUACAGUAUAGAAUGACAAAUAUUUUUAAGCUGUAAAUACUGUAUAAUAAAUACAAAGUGCAAAAUAUUUGGUAUCUACAUCAACAGUGUAAAUCAUUCUGGAGAGUCUUAGACCUGUUCAACAACAGUGUAUUACUUCCUGGGUCAGUGGUGUAACAAAGAGGUAUGAUGCCCCUGGGGGGAUAGCCUUGCCCACUUCGGCAUACUUUUAGUUUUAACGAAGUAUUUUUAUGCUUUUUUACACAUUAGUACUCUUUAAAAAAGGCCCACUCUGCCAAUGUAUGGGACAAAGUGCUGAUAAAAAUAACCAGGGGGCCCUUUAGCUAGUGAGAGCUCCUAGCUAUUGUGCAGUGAUGUCAUAAUGUAAAUGCGCAUGUCUGAACUUUUUGGUACCCUCCUGAAAACAGUUGUUGGCCGAAUCUAUGGCAUUCUGGACAGAACCAUAAGUGAUUGACCAAGUUGAAGUGUGCCUCUUUUUCCAUUUAUCACAUCUCUGCAUAAUAUGCAUCAAAGUUGUUCUAUGUUUUCAUUAUAAAAUCUCCCUAUAUGCCAAAACCUGAACCUAAAAUGCAAUAGCAGCUUAAACCUUCCCUGUACACCACAAUGCUACGUCUUUGACCAGGUACUCUAUUUUAUAAUGUCAUCUAUGCAGAAUAUCUACUUUGUUUUUUGAUACAAUAUUAUGCAUCAUAGAAAUAAUGUGCUUGGGAAUUUGCAUGUCAUAUUUAAAAUUAUGCUGAUGUUAAAGCAACAACACCAUAUACUGUAGUCCAAUAUUGAAGAGGAGUGAUUGACAUUUAAUUCUGAUAAAAAUAUAAAUAUUUUAUGUUGUGAAUAUCUUUGAAGAAAAGUAUUGUAGCAAGUGUGACAAAGUACUAUUUUCAUUGAUGACAAUGCAAUAUGUUGAUGGCUAUUCGCCAGUCAGAUUCUGAAACCUGAAUGUCUUAGCCAAUCAGAUGACUAGAAUAUAUGUUUGUGCCUUAGCCUAUCAAAAACUAGAUUCGACUAGAUCAUUAGCUAUUGGAUAUUUUUAUUCCAAUUUUGUUGCACACUGUUGAAUUAAAUUUCGUUUCUUGA